GUUAUACAUAACCCACUGAUUUGGUGUCUGUCACGUAGGUAUUGUCUGCCAUUUACAACACACUGCUCUGGAAUAGACCUAAAGGAUCAAGACAUAAUGGGAGCAUUUUUAGACAAGCCAAAGAUGGAAAAGCAUAAUGCCCAGGGGCAGGGAAAUGGGCUGCGAUACGGCCUAAGCAGCAUGCAAGGUUGGCGAGUUGAAAUGGAGGAUGCACACACAGCUGUGAUCGGUUUGCCAAGUGGACUUGAGACAUGGUCAUUCUUUGCUGUAUAUGAUGGGCAUGCUGGUUCUCAGGUUGCCAAAUACUGCUGUGAGCAUUUGUUAGAUCACAUCACCAAUAACCAGGAUUUUAAGGGGUCUGCAGGAGCACCUUCUGUGGAAAACGUAAAGAAUGGAAUCAGAACAGGUUUUCUGGAGAUUGAUGAACACAUGAGAGUUAUGUCAGAGAAGAAACAUGGUGCAGAUAGAAGUGGGUCAACAGCUGUGGGUGUCUUAAUUUCUCCCCAACAUACUUACUUCAUUAACUGUGGAGACUCAAGAGGUUUACUUUGUAGAAACAGGAAAGUUCACUUCUUCACACAAGAUCAUAAACCAAGUAAUCCGCUGGAAAAAGAACGAAUUCAGAAUGCAGGGGGCUCUGUAAUGAUUCAGCGUGUGAAUGGGUCUCUGGCUGUCUCAAGGGCCCUUGGGGAUUUCGAUUACAAAUGUGUUCAUGGAAAAGGUCCCACAGAGCAGCUUGUCUCACCAGAGCCUGAAGUCCACGAUAUCGAAAGAUCAGAAGAAGAUGAUCAGUUCAUUAUUCUUGCAUGUGAUGGUAUCUGGGAUGUUAUGGGAAAUGAAGAGCUCUGUGAUUUUGUAAGAUCCAGACUUGAAGUCACUGAUGACCUUGAGAAAGUUUGCAAUGAAGUAGUCGACACAUGUUUGUAUAAGGGAAGUCGAGACAACAUGAGUGUGAUUUUGAUCUGUUUCCCAAACGCACCUAAAGUGUCUGCAGAAGCAGUGAAGAAGGAGGCCGAGCUGGACAAGUACCUGGAGUACAGAGUAGAAGAGAUCAUAAAGAAGCAGGGGGAAGGCGUCCCCGACUUAGUCCACGUGAUGCGCACUUUAGCGAGUGAGAACAUACCCAGCCUCCCACCAGGGGGUGAAUUGGCAAGCAAGCGGAAUGUAAUCGAAGCUGUUUACAAUAGACUGAAUCCUUACAAAAACGAUGACACUGACUCUACAUCAACUGAUGAUAUGUGGUAAAACUACUCAUCUAGCCACGGAUUUACCUUCACCUCCAAAGGAGAGUACAGCUCAACUUUGCUGACCCUUUACCAUCCAUCCUCAGCUUUAAGGAAGGGGCUGUGACGUUGGUGAGAGUGAUUACACCGGAGAACUUCAGCAGUGUGACAGCUAGCCCAGAACUGAUUUUUUUUUUUUUCUGUAAAUUUGAGACUUAUGUAAACGUGAUUUCACACCAUAAUUCAUGUUGUAAAUCAGACUCCAGCAAUUUCUGUUGUAUGAUUUUUUUUUUGUAAAGUGUAAUUGUCCUUGUACAAAAUGCUCAUAUUUAAUUAUGAACUGCUUUAAAAUCACUAUCAAUGAUAAACGUUUGGCUUGUUGUGUGAUGCAACAGAUACAUAGCCCUUUCAGGUAAUGCUGUGUUUGGACUUGGGGUUGGGAUAGGAGAGCAGCAGUCACAUAGCUAGAUGCUCAGAUGUGCACAUGAUUUUGGAGAAUAAUUUCCAAAUCUUAUAAAGCCGUACAUCCAAGAAGUUAUGGAGAACUAUCUUAUGUUCUGGCAGGGAAUUGGCAUUGUUGAGAAAGCCAUUUCCUUCCUAGCUGUCUUCUAAGGUGUUUUCUCCUUGUUGCCAUGAGUACUGCAGGUAAUACAGUAUAUUCAUAAGAAUAUCAAUCUUGGGACUAAAAUGCCUUGAUUCUUUGCACCUCUUUUACAAGUCCUUACAUUUAAUUACUAAUUGAUAAGCAGCAGCUUCCUACAUAUAGUAGGAGACUGCCACAUUUUUUUUCUAUCAUGAUUGGCUGGGCCUGCUGCUGUUCCUAGUAAGAUAUUCUGAAUUCCAUUUUAUCAAUAAAGCUUGAUUUAACAAACAAGAAGUUUAAUCAUGUAUGUGUAAUUCCUCUUUUACCCCGGCCUUUCAAAACGCCAUGCCAUUGUAAACGAGAUGUUUCUCGUAGGGAAGGAUGUUAGUCUCUUUUAAUUGGUUAAUACUGUUACCCAAGGCACAGAUGGAACUGUUUCCCUUUCAUUAGAAAGACUGGUUUAAGUCUCUGUUGUUUCUUAAUCUGGUUUUAAAACAGGCUUCUUUCAGGCUGUUUACUUUUCAUUAAGAUGUGCAUCAGCUUGAAUUUGCCUACUGUUAAUUAAAAUAAUUGUCAGAGUUUGACAAUCUAGCACUAUGGUAGAUGUAUGUGUGUUGAGUGUGUGUUUGCCUGUGACAUUUUAGUUGAUCCAUGUCUUUAGAACUAAGUGGUUAAGAUGUAUUUGUGAUUUGAAAUAUAGCAUGUUGAUAAUAUUUAACUGUUGG